CUUGAUGGUCAUUUCUCAACACCUCCUCAGCUCAGGAGCUUCAGAAGCCCUCGCCAGGCCGGCUCUCCUGCAGCGGCUCCCCCCACAGGAGGAUGAAGAUCUCCGCAGCUUCGAGCUCCCUCCUCUUCCUCCUCAUCACCGUCACUCUCGGUUCCAAGACUGAACCCUCCUCACGAGGACCCUACCACCCAGCUGAGUGCUGCUUCAACUACAUUAUCCACAAGGUCCCACGUUCUCGGAUUACAGAUUAUUAUGAGACCAGCAGCCAGUGCUCCAAGCCUGGAAUUGUCUUCAUCACCAGGAAGAGCAUUCCCAUCUGCGCUGACCCCAGAGAAGACUGGGUCCAGGACUACAUCACAGACCUGGAAGAGAAAUGAGUGAUCCAGAAGUAGUGGAGAAGGGCACAGCUGGAAUCUUAAAAAAAAAAAAAGGUCAAGGUACCACUGUCACCCCCAACUCUUAGCCCCAGUCACCCCAGCCAGCUGCCCUGCCCUGAAUUAAAGACAAUUCAUC